AUGGCUGUGAAUGAUCAUCAGUACUGCUGCAGCAAGAAGAUCGGGAUAAUCGGCGGCGGCGUGAGCGGCAUGGCGGCGGCGAAGCAGCUUCGGGAGCAUGAGCCGGUGGUGUUGGAGGCGACGGACUCCAUUGGAGGGGUUUGGAAGCACUGCUCUUACAGAUCAACGACGCUGCAGACCCCUCGUUGUGACUACGAAUUCUCUGACUUUCCAUGGCAGGAGAGGGACAACACCCGUUUCCCUUCUUACCAGGACAUUCUCGACUACUUGCAUUCCUACGCCACCCACUUCGACCUCCUCGGAUUCGUCAAAUUCAAUUCCAAGGUCGUCCACAUUCGGUAUCUGCAGCAACAGGCCAGAGAUGAUGGAGAAGAAGAUCAGUACGGAAGCUUGCUGCCAGGACACCCUGUCUGGGAGGUCCAAGUUGUUCGAACACUACCCGACACCCACUCCGAUGAUGUUCAUAACCAGACAAUUGUGGAGUGGUAUGCUUUCGAGUUUCUUGUAAUCUGUACUGGAAAAUAUGGCGACAUCCCACGAAUCCCCAAAUUCCCACAAGACAAAGGCCCUGAAAUAUUUAAAGGGAGACUUCUGCACACUCUUGAUUACUGCAAACUGAAUCAGGAUCAACAAACCCUUUUGCUCAAAGGCAACAACGUUGUCGUCAUUGGUUACAAGAAAUCUGCCAUUGAUCUGGCUGUUGAGUGUGCCCAGGCCAACCAAGGUCCAGAAGGGGAAGGUUGCACCUGCACCAUGGUUGUAAGAACAUUACAUUGGGCAAUCCCACAUUACUCAAUCUGGGGUCUCCCAUUUUACCUCUUCUACUCAACCAGGGCUUCCCAAUUCCUCCACCCAACACCUAACCAGGGUUUCCUCAGAACCCUAAUUUCUCACAUGCUCUCUCCUAUGAGGAGAGCAGUAUCAAAGAUCAUCGAAUCGUAUCUAACAUGGAAGCUUCCCCUCACCAAGUACGGACUAAAACCCGAUCACCCUUUCGAGGAAGACUACGCAUCGUGUCAAAUGGCAAUCUUGCCUCAAAACUUCUUCUCCGAGGCCGAGAAAGGAAAAAUCGCUAUCAAAAGAGCUGCAAACUGGUGGUUCUUCGAGGGAGGGGUUCAGUUUGACGAUGGCUCCAAAUUGGAUGCAGAUGUUGUUAUUCUUGCCACAGGAUUUGAUUCGAAGCAGAAACUUAAGGCCAUAAUUCCAGACCCCUUCCGAUCUCUGCUCGAAUUUCCUUCAGGCAUGAUGCCCUUAUAUAGGGGAACGAUCAAUCCGUUGAUCCCAAACAUGGCCUUUGUGGGAUACAUUGAGAGUGUUUCGAAUCUCCAGACAUCUGAGAUUCGCUGCAAGUGGUUGUCCCGGCUGCUGGAUGGGAAAUUCAAGCUCCCGAAUGUGGAGAAAAUGCUCGACCAGACAAAGGAGGAGAUGAACAUCAUGAGACAAACCACGAGAUUCUACAAAAGAAGCUGUAUAUCGACUUUCAGCAUCCACCACAGCGAUGAAAUUUGCCAAGAGAUGGGAUGGAAUUCGUGGAGGAAGAAGACCUGGAUCGCCGAAGCUUUCAGCCCCUAUAACAGCCAAGACUACAUCGAAGAAGACGAUUAA